AUGGAUAUUAAGAUGGAAAUGGGUCCUGGAAUACUGCGUAGGUGCCCUUGUGGAGCAUUGACAGUUGUUUUAACCUCAAAAACUAAGGAAAACCCGGGUCGCAGAUUCUACAGAUGCGGGGUUGUGUUUGGUGAAAACCAUUUGUUUAAGUGGGCUGAUGAAGCCAUCGUGGAGGAGAUCGAAGCCUUGGCAGAAAAACAAGUGGCAAUUGAGAAUGGGAUGCUAGAAAUCAAGGAACAGGUAAUCGAGUUUAAGAAAGAUUUAACCGAGAUUGUAGAAGUCAUUGCGGCCUCGUCUAAACAUCUUCGGAAGUAG